CGAAGAUUGUUUUCGUCACCAAGGAUUUCAUAGCUGACUUAGCGCAACCAAAAGAGCUACUUUUGCUAAACGAUAACGGUAUAUGCAGGAUCUUGUGAACAUCGAAUGACAGUUUGAGACUGUUGAAAGGCUUUCCUCGCCUCCGAAAUGCAAAUACUUGCUUCACGGCUCGUCUGUUUCAGUACUGUCCGUGACUACAAAGAGUGAAGUGGUGGAACGCCUUAGUCACUUCAACUGCUCGAGCAGUUGAAUCAAUCAUGGUGAGCAGCUGACCGAGGAAAUGGGAGUCGAGAUGCGAAACUUUUGGUUUACUAUCACCAACGUGUAUCACCUACGGUAUUGCGUAAUGGUUAUAUUGCCAUUAAAGUUUUUAUUUCACAGCUGUUCGCACUGUGAAUAAAGAUAAGGUACAUGAGGGGGCUGCAGGCAUUCAACUAACAUUUCAUUCAUAGCACUUGUCUUAUUUCGUGUGACCACAACGUUGGCAAUGCAUUGAUUAAACGUGGUGUCAUAUGUGAAAGACGUAUGUCACUUUAUGAGGUUGCGAAACUUUCUUGAUUUAUAUGCCUGAGAUAUAUGCUGCACAUACUUUUCAGUGUCUACUCCGGUGUGCAAUGUUGUUUGAAGCAGGUUUAUUAAAAAAUUAAGGUUAAGGAUGCUUGGCUUAAAAUUUGACAUCAGUCCAUAAAGUCCCUGAUCCUUUGUUUCAACUGUGUAGACAGAGUUUACCUUUUGGGUUGAGGUCUAGGUGACAGCCGAAACCAAGGGGUUGAAAACAAUAGUAUGACCAUAAAUCGAUCUCAGUGGGAUAAAUGCAUCCACACCUUAGUUUCUUUCUAACUGUUAUGUCAUAUUUCCUUAUUUACUUAAGCUUUUUGUUUUUAUUCUUCUGUGAUUUUCUACGACCUUUGAUCACAUUACUUUUAUUUCACCACCCUUUUAUCGUUUUUCUUUGCAUCCUGAUUUGAUUUUAUGAGGUGUAGCAAACUGGACUGUUGCAUAUUAAUAUCAUAUCGUUGUUGACAACACAACCUACUUAUCUGAAGUGUGUAAAAACUGAGUAAUUCUCGGCAUAUUUUUGAUAUGCUGGUGGUCUUGUAAAAUCAGUAUACUCAGCCAUCCAUUGUGUGAUUAGUGAGUAGUGACGAACAUCAUGUUGCAUGCUUCGGAUUCUGAAGAUAUUAUUGAAGAAAGGGUGAUUAAUGAAGAAUAUAAAAUAUGGAAGAGAAAUACUCCUUUCCUAUACGAUAUGUUGAUGUCACACUGUUUAGAGUGGCCGAGUUUAACUGCUCAGUGGUUACCAUCUGUAGAAAGAAAUGGAGGAGAUUAUUGCGUCCACCGUUUGAUACUUGGAACCCACACUUCUGAUGAACAAAAUCAUCUGUUGAUAGUUACUGUUCACCUACCGAAUGACCAGGCAGAGUUCGAUGCGAGCGCAUAUGACAGUGAGCGAGGUGAGUUUGGUGGGUUUUAUUUCCCAUCUGGAAAAUUGGAAAUAUCGAUGAAAAUAAACCAUGAAGGAGAAGUCAAUCGUGCCAGGUUUAUGCCGCAAAACCCAGACAUAAUAGCUACCAAAACACCAAGUGGAGAUGUUUUAAUAUUUAACUACCCAAGACAUCCACCAAAAACUCCAUCGGACCGUGGUUGUCUACCGGAUUUGCGUCUCAAGGGUCAUCAAAAAGAGGGCUAUGGUCUUUCAUGGAAUGUGUCACUUAAUGGUCAUCUUCUUUCGGCAUCUGACGACCAAACAAUAUGUUUAUGGGAUGUUAAUGCAGCUCCUUUAGAUGGUUGUGAUCUAGACGCCAUGGCUAUAUUUACAGGACACCAUUCAGUUGUUGAAGAUGUUUCUUGGCAUUUGUUUCAUGGUCAUAUUUUCGGUUCUGUAGCAGAUGACAACAAACUAAUGGUUUGGGAUACACGCAGUUCCAAUCGCACAAAACCUCAACACCAAGUCGAUGCUCAUACAGCUGAAGUCAACUGCUUGGCUUUCAAUCCGUUUUCUGAAUUUAUUAUUGCAACGGGUAGUGCAGAUAAAACGGUCGCUCUUUGGGAUCUACGUAAUCUUCGACUGAAGCUACAUUCCUUUGAAUCUCAUCGGGAUGAAAUAUUUCAAGUACAAUGGUCACCACAUAACGAAACUAUACUAGCAAGUUCAGGUACUGAUCGUCGUCUUCAUGUAUGGGAUUUGAGCAAAAUCGGUGUUGAUCAAACUAAUGAAGAUGCAGAUGAUGGGCCACCUGAAUUGCUAUUUAUACAUGCUGGGCAUACAGCGAAGAUUUCGGAUUUUUCAUGGAAUGUCAAUGAUCCAUGGACGAUUUGUUCUGUUUCUGAGGAUAAUAUAUUACAAAUCUGGCAAAUGGCUGAAAAUAUAUAUAUUGACGAUGAAAUAGAAAUGGGAAAUGUUGAACUUGGACAACAAUAAUAAUUCCUCAUCGUUUAUAUCUCUUCCAUGUUUUAUACUUUUGAUAUGUUGUAUACGUUUUAUCCUUUUUGUUCGUUUUUAUUUUAAGAUUGUAGUUAUACAUUUUUUCCUCUUUCUAUUUUCCCUGUAUAUUUCCUUUUACAAAUGUUUUUUCAGCCUGAUGUCAAUAGCUCUUCAUUCACAUUUACUAUAUUUUACUGUAAUUUUAUCUAGUUUUCUUCAUCUGAGAAGUCAUUACUCUACAAAUAUCUUAUAUGAAUUUAUAGAUUCUUGUUGAUUAUUUAGGAUAAAAACAAUUUCAAUGAAUAAAUGUUUCCAGU